GCCCUUCAUUUGUGUUUAAAUGUGAAGCGGAAAAUCAUCUCCGUGGCUCAGGGGAGUGAAGGGGCGAUUCUAGUGUUAGAUGAGCGGGUUUGCUGUGCUUUAAAUAUAGUUCAAGCUAUAUUUCUCUUUCUUUCGGUCUAUCUUUGUCCUAUCGUGUCCCUGACUUCAGCUUCAGGCUUCAAACUGGGAGGACAAAAGAAAAAGCUUUGAGAAUUUCUUCAAGAGAACAAUACCAGGACACAGGGAUAUCUGGAAACCUCACAAUGGAUGGAUUGUGGACAAAGUGUUGAGUUCACCCACAGUUGUCCCUGAAUGAUACAGAUUUAAUUAGAAAUUCCAGGUCUGAAUGCAUCUCACACCCUGCACAGCACUCAAAAAGCUCCGAACUUAUACAGAGGUGAGGAGCAUUGGGAUGUCGUGGCUGGUGUGGGUGUGGGCCAGUGUGACAGUCCUGCUUAUGUGCGAGGCCACGUUUUAUGACACCAUACAGCAGCACCUGGCCCCGCCUGGAACAAACAUACAGAUUCUCGAAGGCGGGACAUGCGAAGUCAUCGCGGCACACAGGUGCUGUAACAAGAACAAGAUUGAAGAGAGAUCUCAGACAGUGAAGUGCUCCUGUUUACCGGGGAAAGUGGCAGGAACCACCAGGAAUAAACCCUCCUGUGUUGAUGCCUCCAUAGUGAUUGGGAAGUGGUGGUGUGAGAUGGAGCCCUGUCUCGAGGGAGAGGAGUGCAAGACCCUGCCAGACAACUCUGGCUGGAUGUGCUACUCCGGGAACAAGAUCAAAACCACCAGGAAUACCCACCCAUACACAUCCUUGUAGCAAAGCUCAUGACGGUGAAACUUGACAAAGGUUUGCUAUUGUAUUCCCUCAUUUUGACUGCUUAGACAUGGUGAUUUUGUGAAGGCAUAAAGUAAAUGUUUUUUUUUUCUCCCUUUUUCUCCCCAAUUUGGAAUGCCCAAUUCCCAAUGCAUUCUAAGUCCUUGUGGUGGCGUAGUGACUCGCCUCAAUCCGGGUGGCAGAGGACAAGUCUCAGUUGCCUUCUCGUCUGAGACUGUAAAUCCGCGGAUCUUAUCACGUGGCUUGUUGAGCGCGUUACCGCGGAGACAUAGCAUGUGUGGAGGCUUCACGCCAUCCACCGCGGCAUCCAUGCACAACUCACCAUGCGCCCCACCAAGAGCAAACCACAUUAUAGCGACCACGAGGAGGUUACCCCAUGUGACUACCCUCCCUAACAACCGGGCCAAUUUGGUUGCUUAGGAGACCUGGCUGGAGUCACUCAGCACACCCUGGGAUUCGAACUUGCGAACUCCAGGGGUGGUAGUCAGCGUCUUUACUCGCUGAGCUACCCAGACCCCCACAUAAAGUAAAUGUUAACAUUUUAUUUGCAGACUGGGAAAAGUAUCUAUCUAUCUAUCCAUCCAUCCAUCCAUAAAUCAUGAACGACUGGAAAAGUCAUGGAAUUUUAUUGGUCACAAGGGGUUGGAACCAUGUGAAAAUCCUUCUUAGAUUGUUUUCUAGUUACUCAUUCAUUAUUUACUUUCUUGUUUUUCAGGAAACAUCCAAGGAAAGAAGCUGAAUCAAAGUUAUUCCAACUCUAAAACAUCAGCCAUCUCUUGUAUAAUACUUGACAUGUGUCAAUGAGUCCUCUGCUUAUAAGUCCAUCUGUGUCUGACGCUGAGAAUCAUGAACACCAGACUCUCAAAGAACAUCUUUGUGGGCAACAAACACUUCUGGUUCCCUUAUUAUUUUUAAUUGUUUGACAGCUGUCAAAUAUUAGUUUUUGCCCUGGGUAAUUAAACAUCAUCCCUUUGUGUGGAGUGUACUCAAACCAGCUUUACUUUGCCUGAAAUAAUCUUCAUCUGUAUUGUUCUUGGAUGUUCCUCUGUCUCCAGAAGUGGCUGAACAAGUUGAUUCUCCUACUGUAUGUGGUGAAACUAGCUUCCUAUUUAUGUGGAUGGUACACACAACAUUUGUCCAAGGGAGACUUUCAUGAAGCAACAUUAAUGAAGACACUUUGUACAGAACAGAAUGCUGAAGAGGACAUGUCUUGUGCAUGGAAUGACUGAUCCUGUCCAAUCCUUCCACAGAUGGCUCUCUGUUUCCCAGAACUCUAUCUCUAGUGAAAGACUUUUGAAUGAAUUUUUAUGAUGUAAUACUAAAAUCAAAUGUCCUUGGCAUGAUUUCAGAAUGUGGAAAGCUGUCAAAUUAGGUGGAAGAAAUGUUUUACAUAAAUAAAAUGAAAUCAGAACAUUCUGAUACAAUUGUAUUCAAGUGUAUGUGCUUGCAAACAAUAGUUUAAAUAUGUAAAAAAAAAAAAAAAAAAUAAUGGAUGAGAAAGUGCACUACAGCAGAGGAACAGGCGUGUUUAUGU